AUGCCUAGUCCGCCGCCGAGUGGUGUCCAAGACCUUAAGGGCCACAUUCAGCAUAUCAAAUCGGAUGACGCAUUAUUCGCCGAAUUUCAGAGACUUGAUGUGCUAACAGGGCAACAGGACGGCGACUAUGGGCUAACGUCCAAAAUGGCUGACGUAGUGCCUGCCUUGAACCGAUAUAAGGACAUGCUGCCGUAUGAUCAGAACAUCGUUCGCCUGGACCGUGACUGGGACACAUACUGCGGAGAUCAACAGCCCAUCGGACCUCUAGCCUGUGGCUACGAUGCCCUGGGACGCGCCGAGGUUGCACCGAUGGAAAGACUACCAGAGUACAUCGCCACACAGGGUCCCCUCACGCACACGGAAGCCGACUUCCUCUUCAUGGUGCAUCAACAACGCUCUCCGAUAGUCAUCAUGCUCUGCAAGUAUGUCCAGUCUUCUUCCUAUACUAGGAUCUAA